UACUUACUCCACAUCCGGGGCUCUCAUCCGGGGCCCUCACCCAGGGGGCCCUCAUUCGGGGCCCACCUUCCGCCCACGGCCACGGGACUCCGCCUCCGGAAGUGCCACUGAGAAGCGCCGGCCUCCAAGCGGUCUAGAGCGACCCCGGAAAGCCCAGGGCUGCCCCUAGAGCGAGGGUGUCCGCGACGGGACGGCCGCUCGGCCUGCCCCUCCUUUCGGCAGUGAUGAUCGUUGUCCUCCAGAACAGGGAUGGAGGAAAUACCAGCCCAGGAAGCAGCAGGAUCAGCAAUUGUCCAGUUUCAGUCUUUGGGGAGCCAGUCUGAGGGUCUGUCCCCAGAGCCUCAGUUCGCGCAGGACACCGACAUGGAACAGGAACUCAACGGGGCUCCACCUGUUCCCCAGGUGCCUGCUCUUCCCCAUGAGGGAAGCCCAGGAGACCAGGCAGCCACGCUCCUGCCAGCCAGGUACCAGGAGUUUGUGACAUUCGAGGAUGUGGCUGUGCACCUUACUCGAGAGGAAUGGGGAUGCCUGGACCCUGUUCAGAGGAAUCUCUACAGAGAAGUGAUGUUAGAGAAUUAUGGGAACGUGGUCUCAGUGGGAUUUCCAUUUCCCAAGCCUGAUGGGAUCUCCCAGCUGGAACAAGAUCUACAGGUCUUUGAUCUGGAAACUAAGAAUAGAGAAGUCUUAAGAGAUGACUGCUCAGAUGGAGAGACCAGAGAAGAGAACAAGCUGUUGAUUCCUAAGCAGGAAAUUUUGGAAGAAGUACAUUCAUACAAAGUGAGAGUAGGAAGACUCAAAAAGGAUAUUGCCCAAGUUCCUGGGACUAGAGAAAUGUCUAAACCUGAGGACAGAUUAGAAAGGCUUCAGGAAAUCCUAAGGAAAUUUCUCUUCCUGGAGAGAGAGUUUAGGCAAAUAACAAUCAGCAAGAAAACCUUCACCAGUGAGAACAAUGAAUGUAAUGAACCUGAAAAAAGCUUCAGUCUGGACUCUACCCUUGAUACAGAUCAGAGAGUUCUUAGAAUACAGAAUAUUGAUGACAUUGAUAAGUAUGAUAUGGGCGUAAACCAGAAUUCAGCUGCUGGUAAACAUGAACAAAUAAAUCUAAUACAGGAUGUUCAGAGUAGUGAAUAUAAGGAAAGCUUAAUGGAUCUCUCCCACCUUAGUAAAUGUGAGAGCAUUUCUGCCACUGAGAAAUCCUAUAAAUGUGAUACAUGUGAGAAAGUCUUCCAUCAGAGCUCUGCCCUUUCUAGACAUCAGAGAAUUCAUACCAGAGAGAAACCCUACAAAUGUAAAGAAUGUGAAAAAUCUUUCAGUCAGAGUUCAAGUCUUAGUCGACAUAAAAGAAUACACACUAGGGAAAAGCCCUAUAAAUGUGAACCAUCUGAUAAAUCCUGUGAAGCAUCUGAUAAAUCCUGUAGUCAGAGCUCGGACAUAACUCCACAUAAGAGGAUUCACACUAGAGCAAAAUCUUAUAAAUGUAGUAAUUGUGAAAGGGUCUUCAGUCGUAGUAUACAUCUUACUCAACAUCAGAAAAUUCACAGAGAGAUGCCCUGUAAGUGUACUAUAUGUGGCAGUGACUUCUAUAAUACCUCCUACCUUGUUGAACAUCAGAAAGUCCACUGUGAAGAGAAAGCCUAUGAAUACAAUGAUUGUGGGUUGACCUUUGUUAAACAUCAAGGAAGUCAUCUCAGAGAAAAGCCCUAUACGUGUAAUGAAUGUGGAAAAGACUUCAGAUUGAGUUCCCAUCUUAUUCAGCAUCAAAGAAUUCACACAGGAGAGAAACCACACAAAUGUAAUGAAUGUGGAAAAGCUUUCAGUCAAACUUCAUGCCUUAUUCAGCAUCACAAAAUUCAUGGGAAAGAGAAAUCCUAUGAAUGUAAUGAUUAUGAGGAAAGUUUCAAUCAUAGCUCAGAUCUUGUUCUUCAACAAGAAGUCCUCUCUAGAGAAAAGGCCUUUGAUUGUGAUGCAUGGGAAAAGAACCUCAGUCAGAGAGCACACCUUGUUCAACAUCCAAGAAUUCAUACCAAAGAGAAACCUUAUGAAUGUGAUGAACGUGGGAAGACCUUCAGUCAAAUUCAGGCCUCCUUCAAUAUCUGAGAGUUCAUACCAGGGAGAAAUCAUAUAUUUGGUGAAGCCUUCAGUCACAGCUCAACCUUUAUUCAUCAUCAGAGAAUCCACACCAGACAGAAACCGUCUGAAUGUGAUGAAUGUAGGAAAACUUCAUCAACAUCUGCAAACCCAUACCAAUGAGAAAACCUACCAAUAUAUUGAGUGUGGUAAAUGCUUCAUGCUGUUUUCAUACCUUAGUCACCAUUGGAGAAUUCAUACUGGAAUAAAAUUCUGCCACUGUAAUGAA